AACGCAAAGGAAAAAGAGGGGUGUUCUUAUUUACCCUCUUUAGUCUCUUCGCAAAGAAGAGAAAAAAGGCUUCAAAGUAGUAGAACAGGAGCCGAUAUUCCUCGUCUCAUCCCCCCUUUUUCCCUGACUCUACCAGAGCACGGAGAGCGGUUACUUACAAUUCUACAGUCAACCUCUAGACAUCCACCUGUGAGGACGGAGGUGUUCGACCCCACGACAUCCGGUGUGGUGACAUGAACAGUGUUUAAGGAACUCGUGUGCCCCCAUUUUAAUUCUAUUCCUUCUUAGACCCGAACAUUGCGAUCGAUUCAUGUAACGCGUAUAACCGAUCAUAUUAUCAAACGGACCGAGAAAAGGAUUCAAACGCACAGUGUUAAAAACGGUCUUUCUCACGGUGAGUGACAUCCUACAGGUUGUAACAGAUAAUAAUUUUCAUGACAAAUUUUCAUGACUGAAUGUAACAUCUGAAAAUGGUAUGUACAAAUUUUAAUGAUUCGAAAGCUCAAAAACUUUUAAUAUUCUACGAUAUUCCAUUUAAAUUAAAUAACAUUCGUUCUGAUCUGUUUAAAGAGAGAUAGAUCUCAAAACAGAUUGCCAGCAUUCUGAAAUCGUGAAAUUUCUAAAUUUGAAUUUCUGCUUCGUGAUUGCGCUUUUAAUUAGAAUUACUGCUACUCGAAUUCUAAUGCAAAAAUAUAAGAAUAAUCAUAAAGUUUGAAGCUUUCAAUGCAACACUGACGAAUACAGCGAAUGCACGUCAAUCUUCGAGCAUCGAUAACAUUAUGAUAGACUUUGAAAAACAUUCCAACCAGUCACGAGAGGAGAUGCGCAGCAUCUUAAAAGUCAUUACUGUUCUUUCAGGCUUUAAAAUACAGAGCAAAGGAACAAUGAUUAGACACAUCUCCUCGAACUAACAUUUCCCUUGCUUAUUACUUGUCACAAAAUCACGUUCUUAUCUUUUUCAUUGCUCCCUUGCGUGUUUGAACCACCGUAUUACUCCGUUUGGAAUUGCAGUUACUUUUUGAUCAAGUACAUUGCGACGAGGAAACGAUCGCUAAUCGUGCAGAUCUGUUACAAUAAAAUUACAAUUGAACAUUUCAUAUUUUACGAGGCGUCUGCGCUCUGUCAUGCGAAAGCGAUAACGAGCCCCUGACUAGGAAAUCUUCGCGCUAUGAACACGGAGACCGAAGAGGCGGAAUUUCGAAUACGUAACAACUCCGUGACAGUUAUAAUAAUUUAUUCGUGAAACUAAAUACCGAAAUGACUAUACCGUUAACAGAGACCAAGGAUGAGUAAAUGUAUAUUCGAUAAAGAACAGCCGAAGCGAGAGGAAAAAGCGUUUAGGACGAUUCAUCUUUACCGUUAGAAACAACCGCAUGACACGUUCAUGGUCCACGAGGAAUCCUCUCCUGAGUGCCGGAAGCAUAGUUCUUCCCAAGCUUUUUUCUAUGUCAUAUUUCAUCAAGUCUAUUUCACCUACCAAUUCUCGUAUUACAUCUAAUCGUCCGAACUUCCUUGAAGCUGUUUCGCAGCUCCAGUUAGACGAGUCUCGUUCAAAUUCUACCAACUGUUUCCACGAUCGGUGGUAGCUUGUUAAUUAUUCCCGCGACGUGUUAGCAUAUUAACAGUACUCUCUCAACAAUUACUGGGAAAAGAAGCUGCUAGCAACGUGAGAAGUUGCUGCUCGAAUAAUUGUUCUUGUUGAUAGUAAAUUACCGUGAAUCCGUGAACUCGCGGAAAACCUCUAUCUUCCAAGUUCAAGUGAUUCUCACGUCUCUUCUAGUUGUUCGGUCUUGCCUUUUCGCCGUUAUGUAAUCCAUCGAGACGCGAUAAAGAUGCCUUAUAGAUAUUUAUCCGAAUGUCCUUACAGCGUGAUCGAUAUCACGUGGCAAUUAUGCUAUGUCAUUGACCAUUGACGUUGAUGCAACGUGACUCGGUUACAUACAGCUCGAUCGAAGAGGAUCUAGAGAUUUUCUCCGGAAUGCUUAAAAUUAAUCAAAAUAAAAGAAUAAAUGUACAUUCUGAUUUCUAGAGUCGAGCAAUAUAGAAAUAUAUGUCUUAUCCGAUUCGAUCGAUAUAAUAUACGACAUUGGAAUAUUAUUUCUGGCAUUACAAAUUUUAUAGAUAUUUCAGUUAUAUUUUCUAUAAAGUGGGAAUAAGGAAUGCUAAAAGUAGGCAGCGCUUCCUGAAGAAACAGAUACGCGAUGUCAGUCACGGCCAAUGACCAGCCUUGAGUGCUGCCCAUUAAUGAGUUUCUUCCUUUCCUUUUCCCACGCGCAAUUUAUCACUUGGCCAAACAUUAAACCGCAAUUUUCUGCCGCAUUGAUUUUCCUUCUCGACUUGGAAUCAUCCAAAUGACCGACAAAUGAAAAAAUGGACAUCAAACAAAUCCACCGAUCGAGCAACUUAAAAACCAGAUCGAAUAUUGAGGUUUCUCGCUAAUAAAAUUUGCAAAGUAUUCGAAAUUGAGCAUCGAACGCUAUUGGCCGCAUGCUAUCGUGUUGCUUUCACUCGUGUUCGAUUAACGACGAGAAAUACAUAUAGCGGAAGUAAUGUGGACCUGACAACCUAGAAACCCCAAACUCUGUAUAUACAUGGAGUCCUAUUGGUUACGCACGCUCGCUAAUUGUUAUUCUUAAUUGCGAACGGUCGUCACUCUCUCGUGUCGUCCGGACGAUUUUCAUCGUUCGUGAAGCUCGAAAGGGAAAAAGUUUGCUCGCUCGCUCGUUUCUUUGCCGUUCAGACAGUACCCGCUACCAGCCCGUGAAACGGAACCUCUGCCGAUGUCCACGUACCUGGGUCUGAUUCUUGUUAUCACCACAUGCGCCCACGUCGUGUAUGCCAAAAGAUGCGAGGGGAACGGAUUAGGCUUGAAAUACGUGUGGGGAGACGCGCUCACAGAUCCAGCCGACUGUAUAGGUCCGAAUAAUAUGGCGUAUCCCUCAGCCGCGAUAUCGAGAAGUUACAAGAAUAUUUGGGCGAGCAGUCGAACAGCGAGGUCCCAUCAGCCUCGAACAAUCGAUCCUGAAUUAACCAGACAGGCGCUACUGCACAAUUACAAGAUUACUCAUGGAGAUUAUUCGAUCGCCGAAUCCUCGCGAAAUGGUAGAGCAUUUUCCUCGAAGGAGACAUGUGGUUCCCCAGCCAGAUUAUGCAAAACGAGGUACAACACCACGGCUCCUAUGUACGGAGUCAGCUUAACCAGCGGUCAGCCUGUGACCAUCGUGCAGAAGUUCCCCGACCUUUUGCAGCAAGUCGUGUUCGAAGUUUGCGAAUCGAAGGAGUGCGACGUGGUCCACGGUGAAUGCACGCAGACAUACGUGCCGUACCUGUUUCUGGUGAUACCGCUUGGACCGGUGACCUUGACUGGCCAAGAUUACGUUCUGGUUGAAAGCGGUUGCGUGUGCAAGCCGAGAAAUUCGGCGAGCGCCACGUCGGAGCCUCCGGCAGUUCCAAGCUUUUAAACGUUCGUCGAACUCUAGCGAUCAACAUUGAGCGCACCAGUACACCUCUGCGCUGGAGGAUAUAGAUCGAGAUCCGCGUCGAACGUGACGAAUCGGUGGAAGGUGACCCCAAGCUCGAACAACCUCGCCGAAGAACCUAGUAACCUCUUUGACGAAGCUAGCAAAGAAUACUGAAACCAGUAUUGAAGUCACUAGAGAAUUGAUUUCUCGAGAGAAAUCUGCGACAUGAACAAUUUUCCCUGGGAAUGCAACAGUACACAUCUCUCUUGCACAAUGGGAUAGCAACUUUUAACGUGAAUCAAUCAGAUUUUCUAGUUUGUCCAGGGUAUCACGUCACGAUUUCCACGAGGAACAGCUUUCUAGCCGAAGCUGAAGGUUCCUCUCGUUGCGACCAAGAAUUUCGCGAGAAAUACUUGGUGGCUUCAGGGGUCAACGUAUAGAUAAUUUAUGUUUCGAAAUAAAGACUCUCUAUCGUAGAUGAUUCGCAACAGUCGUACAUCGGUAGAGUUAUUCGAUUAUAAAAUCUGCUGAUCCGUGAACUGUUCGCAUCAGUUUGUUUGCAAAAGAAGACAGCUUCGAAGAAACAUCGAUAUUUAGGCGUGCUUCACGGUCGAACAGUACCGCGCUGCUCUUUUAUCGUCGUUCUUUUUUUUUUUUUUUUUAAGUCGUGCGAGAAAAAAAAAAGAGAGAUAAAUGAAGAAGAAAAUAAUCUAGAAGAACUUAUUUUAGCGUGAAAAAAACAAAUCGGAGCAGCGGCGGUCAUUUCGCGGAAUCCGGUCUCGGAAUCCGAUCGAGUUCACUAGACCUGCCCACGAGCCGGUUUCGAGCAGGUGUAUAGAUCAACUUGUAACAGUGCUCCGCAGGAAGUAUAGGCGAGAAAUUCUUUCGAAAGGUAUCAUAAAGUUAUAUCAUUUGCGUCGACCGCAUCGUAACAAGGCGGAAACGUUGUUAAUGCGUUCCCCAGCUCGCUUCGUCCAACGCUUGGAAUCGUUAUACGUUCAUUCUGUUUCGUUUGUUAUGAAAUAAACUUCUGGAAUUAAUCUUCUUUGCACUGUGUGUUAGUGCAAAAUACCGACGAUUAAUUAGUUGGAGCGGUCAUUAAGCGAGCGAAAGUUCCGGUUUCGACUUUUUCUCCCGUAUAUUACAACUCCUGGAUACGUUCAUUAAGAAAAAAUUUCUCAUCAUUGUGUAUGAACGAAAAAAAGAUGAUUCUGUAGCGGUAGAGCGUCGGAAAAUGUAAUACCGUGCGAUCUCAAUCGCAAUACAAAGCGAGAUCUUCAAAAGGAUCAUUCUUAUUCCCAUAUUGGAGUCGGUUGAAUCGGUGCUAAGAUACGUCACUGGCCCGUUUAUGUUUCUCAGAACCGGACUCUGAAAGCUCGCGCUGGAAUCGUACCGACAAACAGGAUGGACGUGCAGUCGCAGUACGAAUGGACCGUACCAUGAAUUCCGAUGAGUAUAAUGUACCGUUACCCGCUUUGCGGGACCCUUCACCUCGAUUUACUUCACUUGGUUAUUUCAUAGGCGAGAUCCAUGCAGCGCCCAAAAGUAGCUGACUCGUGUCGUUCAUUCAUGCCGCUCCACUUAAUCAUCGAUAGUUUUAUAUUUCUUUGGUCGAGUAUCCAUUUUCUACGGUAUUUGUGAGUUUCCUAUGCGAUUCCAAAUAGAAGAGCGCCCUACUGAUUCAAAAGUGGAAAUAUUUUAUUUUAAACAUAGUAGUUGAGCAAAAUGAUUUUCGGUUUUAUAUAUAAAAUUAAUCGUCGAUCGUUUUUGUUAAUAUAACACAGAAAGAAAUUGAAUUGAACAAAUACGAAUUCGCACAUCGUUCUGUGCCAAUGUCGUAUGGGAAAAGCGAUAAAUAGAGAAAUACCGAAAUGUUACGCGUGCAACGAACAAUUCUUUCAUAUCACAUGUCAUCUUUUGUAUUUAUAGUUGUAACAUGCAAGUAUAUAUUUAUAAUUUAUUACUA